AUGACGCAGGCGACUGCUAGAUCCAGAAUCCUGGCGGCGGCAGGGGAACUGGAUGCUGCGGGGACGGCAAGGGAACCGGAGGUUUGGGCGGCGGCGAGCAUCGUCGGCGACGGCGCCAAGCUACAUGACCCCCCUCUAGUUGCGGCGGCGGACGAGAGUUUCAUGUCGGAGGAAGAAGUAAUGGAGUCUGAUACUGCAUUCAGUCAACGCUUUGCAGCAAAACGCUUGCGUGAAGUUGCGAAUACAAAGCUCAAUGAUAGGAAGAGGGAAUACAUAAAUGAAACUGGCUUUGGUGAUCUCACGAGCAUCUCCCCUUUCACAAUACCACAUGAUCUGAUGGAGUGGAUAACUAUGAAUAUCGACACUGACACUCAUGAGCUGAGGCUGAGUCGGAAUAAGGUCAUUGUGUUCACUAGAGACAUGGUGAAGAAGGUUUUCAACAUCCCAUCAGGCAACAAACCAGUUGAGCUUUUCAAGAGACACCAUCAUUGCGAGCUCCGCAACAUUUAUCACAAGAAUGGCAGGGCUCCAAUUGCGCAUACAGUGGAUGUGCUUCAUUGGGCAGGGGACCAUGAUGGAAAUACUACAAAGAGGUCAUGGGUGCUCUUAGCGCUUGCAACAGUUUUAACUCCAAGCACUGGCAACAUGGUGCCCCUAGAGUACUUGAAAAGCCUCGAAGAUAUGGACAAGGUUAUUUACAUGGACCAUUUGAUAUUUCCUCAAGCUGCCAUCAACGAGCACAAAUUAAACUAUUCUCUCCCAAGGGCUUGCUUUGUGCAUCAGACUGAUUUUGAUAUUGUGUUGGAAUAUGAUAGGAACAAGCUUUCUUUGGGCAAACCAUCAUUCGGGAAGUGUCGGUUUCGCCCUUUGUCAGAGACACCUUAUGCAGCAUUGCUUGCCCAAGGACAUGAAGGAAACAACAGUGAAGUUGCUCAAGAUCAGCAUGUUUCGGACAACCCAGAUUGCAGUGAUACUCAAGAUCGUGGGGAUGAAAAUAUCAACAUUGAUGAUAACCAGGAUGACAUGGCUGCGAAACAGAAUCCUACAGAAGGUAGCAAUCCAACAGAAGAUGGCAAAAGCACCGAUGGAGAUGUGUGUGGUUCACUAGAUGAUUGGCUUCAGAACCCAACACCAUUUGGGGCAGAGCUCGAGCUACCAUCAAAUCUGGCUGCAAUCUACGACAAGCACACAAAACUUUUUUCUUCGGAGUUAAAAGGUGCUCUUAGCUCUUUUGGGCAAGUGUUGCAAGCAAUGCAUUGCAAGCGAAUGGGGCACCUACUCAAAGAUGUGCACGCUGCUUCGCCAAGCUCUCAGGAAGCAGCGGAUGUUAGUUUUCAUGUGCCACCCCCUCGCAGCAAUGAUGUAGACAAGUCAGAUCAUCAUGGAUGUACCAAAGAAACUUCUAGCAGGAAGGCUGCAGAUGAGCCAACAACACACAAGGUGGUUGAGUCUGCUGAAGGAGCUCGAAGCAAUCAUGCAAACAACAAUGCUCAUGAGUGUAAUGGCAGCAAUGUGGUUAAGAAGGGCACACGAACUAGUCCUGUUGUUAUUGACCCCCCUGCAGAGUGUUUUGAGAAUGCAAAGGAUAAAGUGGCUAGUUGUGAAGAUAUUGAGCAUGGUCACCAACUCAGCCAGCGCAAUCAAUACAUACAUACUACUGUGGCUGGAGAUUGGAGUGAUGCGCCAUCGAUGUGUCUGUUCCAAGAGGGCACCGAGGAGUAUGAUUGGUGGAUUAGUGUCCAAAGUCAAGAUGGGAACUCCAAUGCUCCACCCAAUGGCAAUGGAAACACUGCUACAACACCAAAGUCUUGUCCUGUUUUUGAUGUGACUCCUCGGGCUCCAAUCUCAACAGAAGCACAAGCUCCAGUGUUUGAUGUGACACCAAUCUCCAUGGCUCCAUUCUCGAGCGGGGCUGCAGAUGGACCAUUGAAAACACAAGGAGAGCCAGUUGUUCUAGUUAGCAGCAGGGAACCAAGUCCGGACCUCAACAAGGAGAAGUUGAAGAGUAAGGACGAGAACAAGCUCAAGAGCAAGAAAAGAGUAGGGAGUCCAAUGUCAGCCGGAUCAAAGUACAAGAAAAUCAAGACAGAUUCAAAGAUGGAAGCAAUGUACCAGUACUAUGUCAUGAAGAGGUACAAGAUGGAGAAGAUGAAGAGAGGGGAAAUUGAGCCUCCUUUCAUUAGGAUUGGUGAUUUCCACAUUACCUACCCCAACUUCCAGAAGUCGUUGAAGCCACGUGCUCAGAUUUGCAACGAAGUCAUGUCUUUAUUCAUCGAAACCUUCAACAUUGAACAGUUGUCGUCUUCAAAGAAGCAGAAGAAAUUUGCUUUCUCUGUUUUAAUGAGUCUUCAACUCUCUGUCCACCCAGAAGUUUUUGAUCCGAGUGUUUGUGCAAGAGAGCUGAGGAAGGCGUGCCAAAAUUUUCAGAUUUCAGGUUUCGACCUACUUUUCUUCACCAUCGUCCGUGAUGGCCACUGGAUUGUCUGUGUGGUUAACCUCUUGCACAAGGAGUUCAAUAUGUUUGACUCUUUGGAUGACGGGAAAUUGGACGUUGCUGCAAGGAAUCUGUUUAUCAAUUUCAAGAGGAUUGCUACCGAAGAGUCGGAUUUCACAGCGGAUCUAUCUUCUUUCAAAACAGACUGGCCUGUGCUUGACUACCCACAACAAUCAACUCACUUUGAUUGUGGAUUGUUUUCAACAAUGUACCUUGAAAAUUUUGAUGGCCAAAUGAUGAAUGAUUUCAAGAAGCAAAAUAUGCUUGAUGUGCGGAAGACCAUUGCUUCGAAGUUGUUUUUCCAUCCUUUGAACAAGGUUUUCCCUGCUGAUGUGCAUAAGGCGAUCAUAGCGGCUUGA